AUGAACGAUCAAAAGCCUACCGUCGUCGUCGAACCCACAUCCUCAAUUCGAGUCAAUCAUCGGGACUACCACAUCCCCGACGCCGCUACCCAAGCUCUCCUCAAACCAUUUGCAUCUCCGAUACUCAAACACCACACAUCACAUACAGAGGCAUCUCCACGACUGUCGCCACACAAGACAGCGGAGAAGGGUUGUCGGGUUGAGGAAACAUUGGUAGACGAGACCCGGAUAUUCACACUGUUGCCCAAUGGCUCGUGGGGCGAGAAAAGGAGACUGGCCGUCCCACACAAGUUAUAUUGCUUUGCAGGAGGCGGGUCUCGCGGACCCCCCAAUAAGGACCACUGGGCUCUGUGUGCAGAACUCUGCUCGAAACUACCACAAUACGAGAUCAACCUCGUGAGCUACCCGCUGGUCCCAGUAAGCCCUGCAUCUACAACAAUUCCCCAUUUGGAGAAUGCACACCAGACCCUUGCACGAGAGGCGAGAGAGCAGAGUUUUCGCAUGUCAUUCAUAGGUGACUCCGCUGAUGCCAUCGACCAAAACGACUCACUGCCCAGUCGAAAAGGAACCCAGGAAGUGGCACUAGUGAGCAUCAUCAAAGUUGAUGGAAUCAUCGCAGCAUAUGAUGUUCCCGCUCCCGACGCAGUUGUUUUUCGCAAAAGGCUUGAAGAGUGCAGCGUGAAGGGCGACUGGCUUGAGUGGGAGAAGCAGCUGCGUUGCUUCCCUUUGAUGUUUCCAAAUCAUGUGCGUGAGGGCAUCGACGCAAAAGACUGGACCGCAGACAUUCUGAGGUCGAACAUCCAACGAGAAGAAUAG